UAGUGGGCGGUGGCGUUCUCAAGAUGGCUGCGCCCGCGGUGUUACCGUUGACGGAGAGGCCGAACCAUAAGAAGUACCGAGCUGUUCUGAAGAAAGAGAAACGCCGCAGACGGCGCCAGGAGCGGGCUAGGCUGAGAGACUCAGGACUAUCACAGAAAGAUGAAGAAGAUGACGAAUCCAUUGUUGAACAACUGGAAGAAGAGGAAAAACAGUUAGAAGCUGAAAGGCAAAAAUUACAUGAGGAGUGGUUGCUGAGGGAACAGAAGGCUCAAGAAGAAUUUAAACUAAAGAAGGAAAAGGAAGAGGCAGCAAAAAGACGUCAAGAAGAAGAAGAGAGAAAGAUCAAAGAAGAAUGGGAAGAACAGCAAAGGAAAGAGAAACAGGAAGAAGAACAGAGACAACAGGAGAAGAGAGACAGAGAGGAAGCUGUGCAGAAGAUGCUGGAUCAGGCUGAAAGUCAGCUGGAAAAUGGUGUCACAUGGCAUAAUCCAGAACCACCAGUGGAUUUAAGAGCAACAGAGAAAGAUCAAGCUAAUUGUCCAUUCUACAUUAAGACGGGAUCUUGCCGAUUUGGAGAUAGGUGUUCACGUAAGCACAAUUACCCAACAUCCAGUCAAACACUUCUUAUUAGAAGUAUGUUUAUAACAUUUGGAAUGGAGCAAUGCAGAAGGGAUGACUACGAUACUGAUGCAAGUCUGGAGUACAGUGAAGAGGAAACCUAUCAGCAGUUCUUAGAUUUCUAUGAAGAUGUUCUCCCAGAAUUCAAGAAUGUGGGAAAAGUUAUUCAAUUCAAGGUCAGCUGCAACUUUGAACCUCAUCUAAGAGGAAAUGUAUAUGUGCAAUAUCAGUCGGAGGAAGAAUGUCAGGCAGCAUUCUCUCUAUUCAAUGGACGAUGGUAUGCAGGACGACAGCUUCAGUGUGAAUUCUCGCCAGUAACACGGUGGAAAAUGGCUAUUUGUGGUUUAUUUGGAAGGCAAAAGUGUCCAAGGGGGAAGCACUGUAACUUUCUUCAUGUGUUCAGAAAUCCCAACAAUGAAUUUUGGGAAGCUAAUAGAGAUAUACAUAUGUCUCCAGAUUGGAGUAAUACAUCAUUUGGUAAAAGCUCAGAAAGGAGAGACAGGACAGGUUACCAUGAGGAAUAUUAUAGCAGAUCGAGGAGACGGCGAAGUCCCAGUCCAGAUCAUUCUUAUAAAAGAAAUGGGGAAUCUGAGAGGAAGAAAAGUAAUCAUCAUAGGAGUAAGAAAAAAUCUCAUAAACAUUCCUCAAAAAGUCAUGAAAGGCGACGUUCACGAAGUAGAGGAAGAAAGAGGGAUCGGAGCCGAAGAAGCAGGAGCCAGAGUAGAGGCCGAAGGAGUCAAAGCAAAAGUACAUCCAGGUCUAGGAGUCGCGAUAGGAAGAGGUCAGCCAGCAGAGACAGAAAUACUUAAAUCACAAACAAAACACAUUGUUUCAUAUGAGAUGUAUUAAAUCUAAAAAAUGUAUCUUUUAGGGCUGCCAGAGUUACUUUUCUCAAUUUAAACCAGCUUUUCACAUCCAAGAUUGUCCUGCAUAAGGUAAUUUUUCAACCAGAAUUACCAGAGGUUUUUAGAACUCAGUUUGGGCUUUUCAAAGUCAGAUCCAACACUCUUGGCACUUUUUAAAAAAGAGGAAUUCCCCUUCCCCCAAAUAGAAAGCUAGACCUUUUUUCUAGCUUGUUCCCGUACGAUAGAUACCUGGAUGUUUGGGGUAGUCUGAAGUUGAAUCACUUCCACUACAACUACUGAAUAUUCUUGUUUACAGCAGCACCAGUAACACAAGGUGUCAUUUAUAAUACAUUGGACAAAAAGGUAUAUUAAAGUUGAGAAAGGGAAACACAAAUUUUGCUUUUACUGUAACAUUGUAGCAUGCAUGAGCUUUAAAUGGCAAUGCUGCUCUUGGGAUUUCUUACUAGGAAAAACUUUCCUCUUACAAGAUACACAGCUUUAUUCCUACUUAGAACUAUUUCAAAGUGGAAGUAGCUAGGAAAUUUUACUAGGAUGAGACUUAUAAAAUGUUGCACAUGAAAAGAGGAAAUGGAGAAGUGGUUAUUGGAUGAGCAACUUACCUACUGUGAAAAGAACCUAAGUGGCGGACCAUGCUGCUUAUUUGAUAAAUCUUCCAGAUGUUCGAUGAAGUAGGACCGUUCGUGUUAUUGAAAAUGCUUAAAUUGUUUUUACUAUAAAGCUAUUUUUGAUUCUCAAUAAUUUCAUUAUGCAUAUGACUUAUUUUCUCCCAGUAAGUGUACAUACAUGAUUAAAUAAUGUGGAACCUGUAAUUUUGUCUUAACAUUCCAUUAAAAUAAAGGUUAGCCAUUUGAUCUGGAAAUGGUUACAAAUCGUUUUGGAGAUAACUGACAAUAUACAGUAUUAUCUAAGGCACAAAUACUUUGUUUCUUGGCCCUUCGUCUUUCUCACCUCAUAACUAAGAAGUUAUACUUGAACUGGUUGUUCAGAAUUUUUUACGAAUAUGAUUUCUAGCAUGUGAUGUCAUGAGUGGUUUUCUUCAUUACAUUUUCUAAAAGGAAGGGCCAGUCUUGCUUGAGGUACCAACCAGGACUCUUCAUUAAUUUGACAAAGGCUGUUUGCUUUCCAGGCACCCUGACCCAGACUAAUUUAUUUAAUGCCUGGACAAAAUGGAAAUGUUGCUUGUUUUCUACUUUAAGGAUCUGUGGUUUCCAUUGAUACAAACUAUAAAUCCUCUUACAUCUUCAGUAGAUAGUCAUUAUUAAGUUGCUUCUCUGAACUUGACCAGAUCUUAGAGAAGAUAGUGUUCACCACCAAGAUCAACAUUUUAAGUCCUUUUUCCAGUGUAGUAGAAACUCUUAGAACUUGUGUUCUGCUGGCAUGGCCUUCAAGAACCCCAAGGACCUCCUUACCACAUGUAAGGAUUAUGGAAUUUUCCAAACAUGGUAAAACUGCCCAUUUAAAUUUAAGAUUAUCAAAAAUCUUCAAGUGUUGCUGAUUUGACUCACUUCAUGUGAGAGCAAGCUAAUUCUCUGAGGAUGUCAAUUAAUCUCUGGUUACCAUUUUUCUAAGUAGCUGGGGCAAUGAAGCUUUUUUGUAUAGAAGCAGAAUUGAACAAAAAGCUAUUAUAACUGGGUAACUUCUUACAGGCAUCACAAAAUCUAAUUAUCUUUAGUAUUUAUUCAAGACAAAAGCUCUGGUUUUUAUUUGAUUAUCUGGAAUAAAUGCUCACGUAAAGGUAAAGAUGCUCUUUCAGAAAGAGUACAGAUUAAGUGUAUAGAAGUAUAAAUGUUGCUAUUUAUUAUUUUGUAAAAUGUAAAUAAUUCAUUGAGUGCUGUAACAUUCUUAUAUUUAAUAAAUUUGAAGUGUUUUGUGUGAAAACAA